GUGUUAAAAAAUAACACGGCCGUUGUAUGUUGACUGCGUUUGCAAUUAUCAAUUUUAUUUUGAGUAUUUACUCCAAAUUUUCUGUGUUUCUUUAUAUUUUGAAGAUAUCAUGUUCGAUUAUUAAUUGUUGUUAACAGACAAAUUCCAGCUGCUGUUCGAAAUAGAAAGAUAACACCAUGUAUUACGAUGAAGAGGAAAGAUAUCCCAAUCCGGAUUUACUUCACGUUGUUCGUCGUGAACUGUAUGCAAUAAAUUCGAACCUUGAAGUCACACCCUAUGGCUUGAAAUAUGUACCCACGCAUACUGAGGAUGGAAUACCUAUCAGGAAGCUGUAUGUGUCAAAUCUACCCCCAAAGACAACCAGGUCUGAGUUGUUUGGGGUGUUUGCUCCAUACGGCUUCAUCAAGAGUUGCUGGCUAAGGAUGGGCGACAAGGGUCCCAACAGAACUCCCACUCCCACAUACGCCUUUGUCACCUUUAGCAAUCCAGCGGAUGCACAUAAGGCACUUCAAGCUCCAGUCCACGAGAAGACGUUGCGAGGGCGUAACCUGAGGAUAUCCCCUGCUGACAGUUGGCACCAGCCCCCUGAGGAUGCUGACGGCAGGGGACGCUGGAAGCCCCGUGGUCAACGUCGUCAUGAUGGAAACGCUGCUGCAGCCGUGCCUGGGAUCCCUCAACCAGAAGUCAACAACUCCGAUUGGGUUUCAGAGAAUGCAGACACAGCUGAAGCUACAACUAGUGCUACGGAAGUACCAAUAUUACAGGAAAAUACUGAAACACAUGAAGAAGAGAAAGACAGUGAUAUGGAGUCUUGCUAUACCAUACUGGAUGUUUUAAACAGGGAUUGUUUAACGCACAUUCUGUCAUAUGUUCCUAUAAGAGACCUCAUCAGAUCGGAAAGAGUCAGUAAAACUUGGCAGAUAAUGGUUCGUGAAUAUCUUCAAGGCAUCCGUAUCUUCAAGACGUCAUGGUGGCAGCACGUACCCGUAAUGUUAACGACGGCAGUACUAAGGCGCGUGUUACAGCGGGUAGGCGAGGGACUGUCGCGGCUACACAUCGAUCACCACUGGUCUGCGCUUAAUGACCGCACGGCGCAUACUGUGGGGAAAUUCUGUCCCAACCUCGAGGAGCUUAAGAUUGUUGGCAUGCACACUCGUAACUGGAAUCCACUUAUUUAUGGAUGUAAACAACUGAAAAGUUUGUCUUUUGUGUCAUGCAAUAAGCUGACCGACUCGAGUUUAGUCCAUCUAGUCAAAAGCGAAUCAUGCAUAGAAAGUUUAACGGUCGCAAACAACACACACGUGACUGGUCUAUUCCUCACUGGUUCCAACCCUCAGAAACUGAAUGCCUUAGCAUUUUACAACUGCUACAGCCUCCAGGGCACAGUGCUUUGUGCAGCUCUAGAUACCUUACCAAGCUUAACUUCCCUCAAAUUAGACGUCUGUCCUCAUACAAUGUGGAAAAUAGUACCAAUGAUUUUGAGAAAACUACCGAAGCUUGAAGAACUCUCGUUGAGCGAGUACAUCAGUGGUGAAAUUGGUUUCGCUCAGCAAAGCAAUGACGCCUUCUGUGACGCGUUGGCAAAACUUACUGAGCUGAAAAGUCUAAACCUGAGUCGUAACAUCUAUAUAACGAACGCAGUACUGAAAAGAGUGGCACAGUCCUGUACGAAGUUGGAGACGUUGAACAUUUCUAGCUGUAACUCCCGCAAGAUAUUCCCUAACCCAGAGCCGCAGGGCCUUGAGGAGGCAGGUUGUAAACCGCGUGUCUCGACAGGCGUCGGCGACGAGGGCCUCAUAGCGGUGUGCCGCGGCUGUCGGUCCCUCGCCGACCUCGACGUGUCGUACCUCGGCGCGCUGUCCGACCACGGGCUGCGCGCCGCCGCCGCGCUGCCCCGCCUCACGCGCCUCACCGCGCGCGGCAACCCCGCGCUCUCCGCCGCCUCGCUGGCCGCCUGCCUCGCCGCCUGCCGUCUGCUGCAGGAGCUGGACGUGUGCGGAUGCGACGGGGUGUCGGAGGAGGUGGUGGAGGCGGCGGCGCGGGCGCUGGCGGACCAUCCGCGCCCGCUCACGCUGCGCCUCGCCGGCACCGCCGCGCAGCCGCAAGACCUGCAGCAAGAUUUACCAACGCACAAGCUAUUAACGGUGGACAUUCACGACGACCGCAGUAACCCGCAUCUCCGGCCCGACUUCGUUGAUCACAUCUUCGACGACAGUUCCGACGACUCCCUCGGAGAUCUGUACGAUCAUGAUGAUUUCGAUGACUUCUUCGGACCAGAUGACGAACUGUUCUUGGACGACGACUUAGACGACUUCGACUUGUACCAGUUCGGGCUCCGAGCGCCAGACAUCAUUCUGCUCUAGGAACCUGUAGUCACGCCAUAACGCAUACUUACUACCCAAAGCAUUGCAACGAAGCCUUGUAAUGCCAACAACAUCGUCUAUGUUACAACAUACAUCUGCUGAAGAAAUAUUUUUAGAAUUAGUUGUUUUGUUCCAGUGAUUUGUUUAUAUUUCUUGUAAAAAGUAAAUCAAGGUUUUAUUUAAGGCCGAUUUUAUUUUUCAUUUCUAAUAUUGAAUGUUUGUAUGUACCUUAUUGUGAAAGUUAUUCAUUAUGCGAAUGAGAGCAUCAUUUUUUUAUUUAAACGCUAAUGUUUGGCUUGAUUUAAAAUAUGGUUGUAAUUUUAAGAGGUGAAAUAUAUCGUAUGUAUUACUAGUAUGCCUAAUUGGACCUAAUGUAAAGUUUCUAAUCAAGCAUUAAUAACUAUUAUGACUCUGAUUCAUAGUCAAUAACAGUAUACAUAAUAUAGGCAGUGUGAUGUAGAGUAUAUACUGAUUAGCUUAGCUUCGAGAACCAACCACUCUGGGACUCAUUAAUAUCGAAAGCUGUGUAGCUAGUGUGGCUAAAUGUACGACAUUGUUUAUCUUGUAUAACAUUUUCGAACGAAUAGCUUUACCCAUACCAUACCACACAAAAUAACAGAUUUUAACGUUGUAUAAUAUCUUGCUGAAGUUCUGUGACACCAGUUGUUAACAUGGUCGCCUGUACUUGUGUAGAGGGACAUUGUAUGGUUAUGAGAGCUCAAAUUUAAUUUAAAGUGAUCGGAUUUGUCAAUUUCUGUAUUUUGUUAAUGGACAAUAGUUAACAUGUUGUGAGCUUGGCCAGCAAUCAAAUUAAUGUUUUAUACAAUUUUGUGCCUUUAAAGCAAUACUGUAUUAACACAUAAUCUUGUUGACCUAUACAUAUAGCAUAUUUAUAUUUGAAUAGCCAAUUUAGCCAAUAAAACAGUUAACUAAUACCUGUUAUUAUGUAGAUAUUUAAAGAAUUGCAAUGACAGUCGCCACUUGAAAUUAUGAAUGAUAUUUACCAUGAUGAAAGAUGUAAUAAAAUUGCUGGUAUGCAAUACACAUACACAUUAGGCUGUUGAAACUGAAAUCUAUAAUUGUAAGACUUUAAUUGUUAUAAUUAUCUGUGAUGAAACAUUAUUUUCGCAACACAGAAGUCCCACACCUCAUCUAGCUGUAGCCAUUAUUGUUUAUUUAUGUAUAAAAGUUUUGAUGUAUUGUAUUAUAACUAUAAGCAAAGUCUGAAAUAUUGUGAUAAAAUAAAUUAUUCAAACCUCAUUUCUGAUUUAUGCAUUACUCAAUGAUUUGAUGAAACUGCAGUGAAAAAUUCAUGUUUACACAUAUUCAAUUAAUUAAUCGAAGGUUUUGCUGCUUAUUAACUACUGCUUGAAGAUUGUAAGAUUGUCUUUGGUUGUUGUUGUAUUCAUAUAAAGAGUAUUGUAUAUUAUUAUGCAUAUAUACAGGUAGAGCAAAAUAGAAAACUUCUAUUAUAAUCUUACGUUCAGUCGUUGUUAGAAACACCUUUAUAAGAAAGUAUCAAAUAUCCAAUUUGUACCUACUUGAAGAAACUGAAGCGAAUAAACUAAAUUCAACUACAUUGGUGAUAACCAUUUUACCAUUGACAAUCAACUAAUGAAAUGUGAUAUUGUGAUUUAUAAAAUUUAUGUGUCCAUAAUUCUUUACCAGCUUAAUAUGAUUUCUUAUUAUGUGCUUAAUAUUUUCUAUGGCAUAUUAUAAGAAAUUAUGUGAUGAAUGUACUUAUUUAUGUUGGUUUUGUUAAUUUACUUCAAAUAUCAUUGAAGUUUAUGUAAUAUUAUGAUCAUAUUGAGCUGGGUAACUGUAGAUAAGUUGUUUUAUCAAGUAUAAAAAGCAGUGAUUUAAAAGAGGUGUUGCGAGUUUUUUUUUGCUCUUAAUUUAGACAGGAAGUUUUAAGUUUAGAGUAUUUUUUCUGGUGUUUUUAUUACAUUACUGUAACUUUAUGACCUUUUCACUUUAUAAGAACUUAAUAUCCUAAUCAAAGUGGUCAUUUUUAUUUGUUUUUAAUACAGAAUGAUUUUUGUUUUAAUCACAGUUGGAAAAUCAAUAACUAUUUACAUUUUUUAACAUUUUAUUAGAUUCUUAGAAGCCAAUAACGCUUUUAAUUUCCUGGACAUUAGAGAAGUUUUUGUUGAUUGGGCCAAACUUAGUUAUAAUGGAUUCAAAACAAAAAUUUGCUCUAUUUAGUUUGUGGAGUGGAAGUAUUCUGUCACUUAUUUAUUUUGUUGAAGCUUACAUGUUUUUAUUUCAUCCUAGUAUCAGGGUACUGUGUUUUAAACACAUUUUUAUUUUCAUUGACCUAGAUUAAUUUUGCUAUACAUUUGCCUAUUGUAAAAACAUGUGAGCUGUAAUUUAAACUUCUUUUACUUGUAUCAGUGAUGUUAAUUCGAUUUUACAUUAGUCAGCCUCUAAUAACUAGAAUGUGAAAAAGUUUUGUUUGUUGAUUUGUUUUCAAUUUAUGUAACAUCAUCACUCAUUUCUAAAUGUGUUCAAUGUUGUAAUGUUUAUAGAAGAAUAUAUAUUAUGUAUAUUUGCUGGGUUCACUUAGUGGUGAUUUAUGUUUUUAGAAUUGCAUUUUGGUCGAAAACCUAAAGCAUGAGAUGAUUUGUGAAACUUAAUAGUUUUUAUACAUUAAUUGUUUUAACAUAUUAGUAAGAACCGAAAUACAAAAAAAGAUUCUUCAA